UCUCGCUACAAUCUGUGCUUUCGACUUGUUGCCCUUUUUGAAUAAAUCGCCUCCUCCUAAAUAUGUAUCGAAUCUGGCCGAUGAUGGUGAAGCUCUAGUGGUUAGUGUGGGUUAUAUGAAUUGGAUGCGAUCAGACUAAUUGUUACUCGGCUGGUUGUUCUCUACCAUUGACAAGAAGGUGCUUGCGUAGGUGAUUCAAUGUGAAUCAUUUGCUGAGGUAUGGUCUGCUCUUGAGAGCUUGUAUUCUUGUCAAACCAUAGGAAAGUCUUUCCAAUUAAAGCAACAACUAAGGUCUGUUAAAAAGGAUUUUAUGUCUAUUAAUGAUUACAUUAUGAAAAUUAAGACAAUUGGCCAUUCUUUGGCUACUAUUGGUGAAUCUUUGAGUGAUAAGGAUCUAUUACUUGCAAUUCUAAAUGGAUUAGAUCAUGAGUAUGAGACGGUUGUAAGCUUGAUCACCUAUCAAAUGGAUGAAAUAGACUUAGAAAAAGUGCAUUAUUUAUUGCUGAUGCAUUAGUAGCGAUUACACUCUAAAAAUACUGCAGUCUAUGGUGAAUUUUGAAUCUGUUAUACAUGUUCUUGUUAAUGUAAAUAUGACUUCUAUUGCAUCACACAAUGGUAACAAUACUAGAGGAGGUUUUGUACAAAGAGGAGGAGGAUAUAGGGGUGGAAGAGGUCGUGGUAGGGCAUCAAAUAGACGAAUCUAUUGUCAAUUAUGUGGAAAACCAGGGCACUUUGUUGAUAAAUGCUAUCAUAGGUUUGACAGAAAUUUCCAAAUGAAUACUACUGGUGGUUAGAAUUUUCAGAAUUCUUUUCAGAAUUCUCAGAAUUUUCAGAGGUUUCCAGCUGCUGAUUCUAGGGCAUAUGUAGCUACAUUUAUUGAUUCUAAUGAGCCCUACAUGAUUGAUAUAGGUUCUUCACAAGGAGUCACCUCGUAUGGCCAUUUUUCUCAGCCUUCAGAAAAUUUGUCUCCCUCACCGUUGCCUGAUCAUUCAUGGUUUGUGGAUUCUGGAGCCACAAACCAUAUUACUUCAAAUCUCAACAACUUGUCAUUGCAUGCACCUUACAAUGGAGGAGACAAGGUUGCUGUUGGUAAUGGACAAGAAUACAGGGCUUGUGCUACUUCGAGGACAACUUAGGGAUGGUCUUUAUCAACUGGUUCCUGUUUUUGGCCAAGCUACCAGCAUCCCUGAGCACUUUGCACAUAAAGACUUUAAUGGGAACCGGGUGAAUGCAUUUGUUUGUGAUUUAACCACUGAUGACCUGAGCAAGCAGAUUUCUCCAUCUUCAGUCGAUAUUGUAACCAUGAUAUUUGUCUUGUCUGCAGUGUCACCUGAAAAGAUGUCUCAAGUGAUACAGAAUGUCAGAAAAGUCCUUAAGCCAAAUGGGUAUGUACUAUUCCGGGAUUAUGCCACUGGUGACCUUGCUCAGGAAAGGUUCAGUUGCAAAGAUCAAAAGAUAAGUGAGAACUUUUAUGUCAGAGGUGAUGGCACUCGGGCAUUCUAUUUCUCUGAUGAGUUUUUGAUAAGCUUGUUCAAAGAAAAUGGAUUUGAUAUUGAAGAACAUGGUCUGUGCUGCAAACAAGUGGAGAACCGGUCAAGGGAGAUAGUAAUGAAUAGGCGUUGGGUCCAAGCUGUAUUCCAGUUACAUGAUCCUAACUCAUUAUCUGACACAAAACCGGGGAAUGAGAUCGAGCCAUUCUGUAAUAGGGGUAGAAUGGCCGAUGUCAAGGAGGACACGUUUCAGGAGUCUGUAAAUGAUAACGAGAUAGACAUGUCGGAAGGUAUCGCUGUUCAAAUGUUUGGUAUCUCAUUUUCUGAUGAUGAGAUUAUUGAGGUCAAGCUAAGAGAUAGGAUCUUCAAGUUAAAAGUUCUUCCAAGAGAAUACCAACAUACCUGCAAAUCCACUGGCCUGAUGCUAUGGGACUCAGCCAGGCUGAUGGCCUCUGUCAUUGUGGAAAACCCAGCUGUUGUUGCUGGGAAAAGGGUGUUAGAACUGGGAUGCGGCUGUGGGGGCAUCUGUUCAAUGGUUGCUGCUAGAUCUGCGAACCUUGUGGUGGCGACUGAUGGAGAUGCAAGAGCUCUGGAUCUCUUGACUCAAAAUGUUGCUUUAAAUCUUGAGGCACCAUCUCUCAACAAACUUACAAUAAAGAGAUUAGAGUGGGGAAAUAGAAACCACAUUGAAUCCAUCAAGAACUUGAAUCAUAGAGGUUUUGACAUCAUCUUUGGCACAGAUAUAACAUACAUUCCUGAAACAAUUUUGCCUUUGUUUGCAACAGCCAAGGAGCUCAUUUCAUCGGACAAAGGCACUGGUGAAAAGUGUGAACCAGCUCUAAUUCUAUGCCACAUCUUGCGAAGGGUCGAUGAGCCAUCGAUUCUUUCGGCUGCAUCCCAAAAUGGCUUUCGUCUUGUUGACAAGUGGCCAGCACAAAUCGGUCCAAGUCAAUCACGAAACAUCAUUAGCAGUUGGUUCUCAGAAAAUGGCCCUGCUGAUAUACCAUCUACAGCACUGAAUAUCAUGUAUUUCCACAACACAGUGAAGUGAGCCUCCUAGAUAUGCUCUCAGCUGCUCUCUUCAUUGACCAAGUUUUUGCUAAAAGGUCAGCAGAAAGUAACUUUUCAUAUACUUAGUUCAAUGGAUGAUGCCGCUUUGUAUUUUUGCUAUUUAUUUUGGUUUAAACAUUUGGUGUCCUUGGCUUUUCUCUCAAAAAGAUGACAUGCAGAAACUGCCCAAAUCUUGAAAUCAUUGUUAAUAUUAGGGUAAAUGGCCAAAAAAAUAAUAACUUUAGCAUGUUUUUCAGUUUUAUUCUAAAUUUUAAAAUUGAUUAAUUCCCCUCAUGAACAUAAUUUGUUACAUCAUCUUCUCUCGUCUUAACUUUUAUCUAAGUGUUUAUUCACUCAAAUAGAGUGCAACUUUGCCUUGUAAAAGAACAAAAAGUUUAGCUUGGAAGUGUGGAAGUACAAGAUUCGAAACUUGAGGAACUUGUUCUCAUCAAUUUAUG